GUGCAUAUUUGUUUUAAUAACUUAGUCACAAUGAGUCAAGUUUCUAUUACAUUACCGUUAUUAUGGAUAUUUUUGAUUCGAUUAGUAUACGGGUAUCCAGAUGACUCGGUAAUGUUGAUGCCUCAAUUUGAGAUGAGGUCUAUGGACCCGCAACUGGCAUACUCGUCGCCGCCAUAUACUCGAUUUCAAGAAACAAGGCCAAUACCACGACAAGUACUCCACACCAGCGAUUUAAACAAGAAACAGGUUCCACUGAUGGAAAAUCGAAGCAAACAGAACAUGAGUCUUGGUGAAUUCGUUGACGCUAUAAAUAGAGUAUCUCAAGAGUCUCGACGCAGAGAAGAAGAGUUCCAGCGACCUCGGACGAUAGCUGCAGCAGGCCGUGAAGAUAAUUCCGGCUAUCCUACUCUUCCUCGCCCAACGGGGUACCCGAAACCGAACUACGCGCCUCCAGCAACCUACCACGAGCCAUCGAACCUGGCUCCAGUUGCGCCGCCGGCAAUAGUAGAACCGAAAUCUUCGCUCGACAAACUAGACUUCUCGAGCCUUCUGACACCAAUUUCCACAAAAGUUGCCAGUAAGUCCAGUGGUUUGCUCAGUUUAAUUUUAUCUCUGUUUUCCGGUUCUUCAUCUGGUUUGUCUGGAUUGAAAUCUGGCAUUAUUGAAGGGAUAAUUAAACCUCUUUUGGUGGCAAAAGGAGGUAUCAAAGCGUUGAUUAGCAAGUUGUCUAUUCCUCUUCUAUCAUUGCUGUUGAUUAAUCUGGAAGUGUUAAUAACUGUAUGGUGGUUAUGGGAAGAGGAGUGCCCCAAAUUCCCCGAGCCUGUCCCUUCGUAUUCAAAGCCAACGACUUCUUCUUCACCACCUCCUUACAACUACAAUAAUUCGUACAGAUAA